GUCGCUCCUUUUGUACCAGCAGGGACACCGUCCUCCAGCCGAGAUUCACCAUGGCCUCUGCACUGACUUGCACAGCAUUUGUUCCGUGUUUACUGUCUUUUACGUUACUAUUUGCUCCUGUGUUUUGCGACGCUGAUGCAGAAGAAGAGGAGCACGCCAAGCACACAUACACUGUAGAGAUGUUCACCGAGGCGGUGCCAACUGCGCCCCACUUUGUCAUGUUUUACGCCCCCUGGUGCGGUCAUUGCCAGAGACUUCAGCCUGCAUGGAAUGAACUGGCAGACAAAUACAAUGGCAUGGAUGAUCCUCCUGUAUAUGUGGUGAAAGUGGACUGCGUCCAGAACACCAAGUUCUGUUCCAGCGAGCACGGCGUCCGAGGAUACCCUACACUAAAGUUGUUUAAGCCAGACCAAGAAGCAGUGAAGUACCAGGGACCAAGAGAUCUGCAGUCUUUGGAGACGUGGAUGCUGAAGACGCUCCAGGAGGAGCCUUCAGAACCAGUAAGUGAGCAGGAACCCCCUAAAGCCCCAGAGCCCAAACAGGGCAUGUAUGAGCUCACUGCAGCUAACUUUAAGGAACACAUAUCCAAAGGUGCUCAUUUUAUUAAGUUCUUUGCACCCUGGUGCGGCCACUGCAAGGCCAUGGCGCCGACCUGGGACCAGCUGGCCUCCAGCUUUGAGCACUCUGACGACGUAAAGAUAGGAAAGGUGGACUGCACGCAGCACUACGAGGUGUGCUCUGAGAACGGUGUCAGAGGAUACCCAACACUGCUGUUCUUCCACAAUGGACAAAAGAUAGAACAAUACAAAGGGAAGAGAGACCUGGACUCGUUCAAAGAAUUUGCAGACAACCAGCUGAAGGCUGCGCUCUCUGCAGAGCAGAAGGAGGAACCAGCCGAGGAGCAGAAAGCAAACGAGAUUCCCACUGAUGCGCCAGCAGACGAGGAGUCCAACGUGUUGAUCCUCACUGAGAGCAACUUUGACGAAACGGUAGCCAAGGGCUUCACCUUUGUCAAAUUCUACGCUCCGUGGUGUGGUCACUGCAAGAAUCUCGCUCCAACUUGGGACGACCUUUCCAAGAAGGAGUUUCCCGGUCUCACUGAUGUCAAGAUCGCCAAAGUGGACUGCACCGUCGAGCGCACGCUGUGCAACAAGUACUCUGUGCGAGGUUACCCAACGUUGAUCAUCUUCAGAGCUGGGGCGCAGGGUGAUGAGCAUCACGGGGGGCGGGACCUGGAGAGCCUGCACAACUUCGUGAUGAGGCAGGCGAGAGACGAGCUGUAGGAAGCAACACCUCGCUACCUGGAAUCUCCUGUUAUCUGGCCAGCUGGACCAGAGUCUCUGUCCUGCAGCAGCCAAGUCGGAUUUCCUUCAGGACGGAGUUAAGCCAGCGACAGACUGAUAUCAUCUGGGUCUCUGUUUUUUGUGGGGGGGGUUGGGAUUGUAUUUACAGACAGAAUAAAUGUGUUGGAAAUGUA